ACACAUCUCGACCCCAAAUAUGACCAUUCAGCGAGCAGAUGACACUGCGUGCGUUUUAAUUUUUUAAAUAAGCUGCUGAUCCCCUGCUGGGCGUGUGAGGGCGACAAUUGUUUUUGACAAUAUCCCGAUCGAGGCGAUGCCGUAGGCUGACAGGAGGUGAGCUCCCUGACCGAUUAAACUGCAUCAGCGAGGGGAAACCAAAAUAGCACGCAUUAAUUUCGGGGGCGGCGCGGGGGCCGAUGGACGACUACAAAUUCUUGUUCAAGGUGGUGCUGGUCGGCAAUGCGGGCGUCGGCAAGACGUGUCUCGUUCGCCGAUUCACACAGGGGCUCUUCCCGCCUGGCCAGGGCGCCACCAUCGGAGUCGACUUCAUGAUCAAGACUGUCGAAUUGGAGAACGAGAAGGUCAAGUUGCAAAUUUGGGACACGGCCGGCCAGGAACGCUUCCGGUCGAUCACGCAGAGCUACUACAGGUCGGCACACGCCCUGAUUCUCGUCUACGACAUCAGCAGCCAGCCGACCUUCGACUGCCUGCAGGACUGGCUCAGGGAAAUCGAGGAGUACGCAAGCAAUAAAGUGCUCAGGGUGCUUGUCGGCAAUAAAACGGACAGGGAGGACCGCGAAAUCCCCACGUCGGUCGGAGAGGACUUUGCCAACAGGCAUAACAUGUAUUUCGUCGAGACGUCGGCCAAGGAGGCCGAGAACGUCGAAAGACUCUUCAUGGUGAUCGCUUCCGAAUUAAUGGAGCAGGCUCGGUCAAAGGAGCUGCCGAGGUACGAGACGCCGGCGCUGAGCAGCCGUUCGACGUCCGUGGGCGACGGUGGCUGCUGCGGCCGCUUUUCCUAGUGGCUCUCUCCGAGUGUUUUUGAAUGGACAUGGUUGUUGUUUGCAUUCACGAGGUUGUUGUUUGUUGUUAGACGUAAACUCGCGCAUUCCGAGCAAAAAUUCAGCAUUGUACUUAAAGAAAAAGUAUUCGAUCGACGCCUCGUUAAUUUAUUAUUGUUUUUGUGUAUACUUCUGUGAUAACAACCGAGCAAAGCUUUAUUAUUACUACUACAAUUAUUUUUGUUUAUUCCGAUUACACACCGAUUUCGCUGCAUUUCUCGCGCACCUGACUAACUAAUCUGUCUGUCGACGGCAGCCCAAUUAAUGUUGCUAGUUUAAUUAUUUAUGCUUUUAUUCCGAUUGAUUUCGCACUCUAUUUACCAGUGUUUGUAUACCUUUUGAGACAAAUAAACUGAAAUCAAAUCCGAA